AGUAAUAGCUUGUAUUUGGCGGGAAAGAGUUUGGAACAACAGAAGUUUUGUUUUGUUCAAAACAUUAAACAAGCAAUGGCUGAGGCACGGGUGAGGAAGUUAGUGUCGACCACAUUUAAACUAAAUGGCUUUUCCAUUCUGAGUGAUGCAGCGUCAUUCCUGGUGUCACAGCUAAUGCCAUUUGAAGAAAGAGAAAGAGAAGAAUGGCUGGAUAAAAUUGUAGAACAUAUUCAAAAACAAUGUCUGGAAACAACGAAUAUUGGAAAGGACAACAUUGAGCUAGCAAUACAUGAGUGCAUCAGGAGUGGAGCGGAGGAAUCUGAAACCAUACUCACAGUUAUAAAUGCAUUUGAAGUUCCUCGCUUUGAAUAUAACCAAGAAAGAAAGAAGUUUUUUCAAAAAACCACCCCGAAAGAUUCAGCACCAAAGUUGUUUGAUUCAGCAGAAGAAAAGGCACAGUUAUUCAGAUACAGGUAUAUAUUGCUCCAUCAACGCACGGCUCGCCAUGAACUAUUUACACCUUCAGCUGUUGGAUCAAAUGAGACACAGAAAUUCACUUUAAGGCCUGUAGACUACUUCCUUAGCUCAAGCCGAAAAGUGGAUGAUGCUGUUGUAAUGGGCUUACUGACACAGCUGAAAGAAGGAAAGUAUUAUCUGGAAGAUACAACUGGAACUCUGCAGUUAGAUUUGUCUGAAACUAGAUAUCAUACUGGUUUACAUGUAGAAGGCUGCUUUGUGCUGGCAGAAGGUUGGUAUGAAGACAGAGUAUUUCAUGUAAAUGGCAUGGGGUUUCCACCACCAGAAUCUUCUAGAAUUAGCAGAGAUUAUUUUGGAAACAUGAACACAUUUGGAGGUCCUUCCAGCAAAAGUCUGAAGCUGUCAAAGAAGCUGCUUAAAAUAGAAGAGGAAAAUGAGGAUGCUACCAUUGUAUUUAUUGCUGAUGUUUGGCUAGACAAUGUUAAGGUAUUAGAAAAGCUUUCAACAUUAUUUCAGGGCUACUCAGAAUGUCCACCAGUGGCAUUUGUGCUGAUGGGCAAUUUCCUCUCAUCACAGCAUGGCAGUGCACAUGCUUAUCUCCUUAAGGAAAAAUUUAAAAUUCUAGGGGAUUUGAUUGUUCAGUUUCCUAAAUUAACAGCAAAUAGCAAAUUCAUAUUCAUUCCUGGCCCUGUUGAUCCUGCUUUUGCUAGCAUUCUUCCCAGACCACCAUUGCCAACUUUUGUCACAGAAGAGCUGAAAAAGAAACUUCCUUCAGCUAUCUUCAGCACAAGUCCUUGCCGAAUACAGUACUGCACCCAAGAAAUAGUAGUAAUACGGGAAGAUCUGGUGACUAAAAUGUGUCGGAAUACUAUUUAUUUUCCUACCUCUGGUGAUAUACCACAGCAUUUUGCAAAGACAAUAAUAAGCCAAGCACACCUAGCACCACUGCCACUGGCUGUAUGCCCUGUUUAUUGGGGAUUUGAUUAUGGGAUGCAGCUUUAUCCAUUACCUGAUCUAAUCGUAACUGCUGAUCAAUUCAACGCAUUCACCACAUCCUACUCUGGAUGCCAAGUGAUAAACCCAAGUUCUUUCCCAAGAAGCAAUUAUUCUUUUAAAGUGUACCUGCCAGCUUCACGCCAAAUAGAAGACAGUCAAAUUCCAAAUGACUGAUAAUAGUUAUUGUAUUGUUUGUAUAUUACAUAUAAUUACAAUAUUUAUCAUACAUAAAUGUCAUAAAGCUGUAAAUAUAUUUACAUAAUUUUAAAA